AUGUAUCGCCAAAUACUCGUUCAUGAAGACGAUCGUAGAUUCCAGCUCAUCUUAUGGCGAAAUCAUCCAUCAGAAGAAUUGGAAGCAUAUCAGCUGAACACAGUCACAUACGGUACAACAUCAGCUCCAUACUUGGCCACAAAGUGUCUGCAAGGUUUGGCUUCAGAAGGCGCAACUAAAUAUCCUCUUGGGGCAAACGUCCUAAGUAAGAACUUCUAUGUUGAUGAUGUAAUGGCAGGGUCCGAUAGUCUAUCACAAACCCUUGAGAUGCGUGAUCAGUUGAAUUCAUUAUUAAAAACCGCUGGCUUAACCUUGCGAAAAUGGUGUGCCAACGAUCAAAAUCUGUUGAAAAACAUACCCACGGAAGACUUAGCCUUACAGUUGGACCUGGACAUUGAUAAUGUCACACAGUUUAAAACUCUGAGUCAAGGGUGGCAACCAAAAUCAGACAUGUUUACUAUACACGUUCAACCAACCAAAACCGAAAAAAUCACCAAGCGGACUGCUUUAUCUGACAUAUCACAGUUAUUCGAUCCACUUGGAUUCUUGGGACCAGUAGUCAUUACAGCAAAGAUGUUCUUACAAAAACUCUGGGCAUGUGGCUAUGAUUGGGACACACAGUUACCCAAUGAUUUGCAGACAGAAUGGUCUAAAUUUAGAGAAAAUCUAAAUUAUUUACAAGAUGUCAAAAUUGACCGUCACAUAUUUGGGCAUAGAAUCCCAACUUCCGUUCAGGUACAUGCGUUUGCAGAUGCAUCCGAAAAGGGUUAUGGAGCAGCUAUUUACAUAAGAGCGGUUAACAAAGAUAAAAUCGUCACAGUCAGACUACUGUGA